AUGAGUCGUUUAGCGGGUUGGUUUCGCUCCGGCGCCGCCACGCCCGUCACCGAUGCCAACAGCGACGCUGGCUCCAUCUCCACUAAGGACAACAUGGCCAGAGAGAUGGAAGACAUUGACGACGCCAUGGCCUCGUGCAGUCUCAUCAUGAAUGACGACAUCGACGGUGCCUGGGAGAAGCUUCAGACAGGCGACUCAUCCUUCCAUCAGCUUGGUUUGGCUGUUACCAUCUUUAUGCGCUCUGUGCUGGGCUUUGAGAAGGCCGUCAUGACCGAGACCACCGCCAAGCUCGAUGAGUGCGAGGCUAAGGCUUGGGCGGAUUAUAAGAAAGCUCAGAAGAACGGCAAGGCUCGUGCCGGCAGUAGAUUGUAUCCUCCCGGUACCGAGUUUGAGCUCGUCCGAGCUGAGACGCAACUCAUGGGCGCCGUGGUUGGUGUUUUGCACGAGAGUCUUAUUGACGCCAUGAAGAGCUUCCUCAAGCUUCGCAAGGCGUUCAUGACACUCGAUGCAAUUAUUGAGUCCGAGACCAAAACUCUAGGCGACGUGUCUCAAUCAGCGUCCAAGGCGUCACUGCCCGAAAAGCCAGUGGCUGACGUCGAGAAGGACACGGAGAAGCUCGACAUUGAGGCUCCAUCCGGGGCGGCGACACCUGCGAAGCUUGAAUCUUCAAGUUCCUCGACAUCAGACUCAAACGACGACAAGGUCGACGAUGGCGCACCGCUGCGUGAAGCCCGGUCAAAGCCUACAGAGACCGACUCAGUUCUGCUCGAGAACCCCCUCGACAUCUUUGUCCACUCUGGUGCAAACAUGUGUUUUGGCAUGCUUCUUCUUAUGCUGACCCUUGUCCCACCUGCUUUCACCCGCCUUCUCUCAGUCGUUGGCUUCCGUGGUGACCGCGAGCGUGGUGUUCGCAUGCUCUGGCGCUCUACGGCAUACUCCAACGUCAACGGCGCCAUUGCUGGUCUGAUCCUACUAUCUUACUACAAUGCCCUUCUCGGCGCAGUUGACAUCCUCCCUGAUGCAAAGGACUUCGACGAGGGUGCUGAAAUUGUCGGGCCCCCACGCGCUAAGUGCGAGAAACUCCUUGCAUCCAUGCGAUCUCGUUACCCUGCCUCUCGACUCUGGCUCAUCGAGGAGGCGCGUCUGCACAGCAACGACCGCGAUGUCCCCAAGGCAGUCGAGGUCCUCUCCUCAGGCGACGAGUCCAAGAUGAAACAGGUCACUGCGCUGAACAACUUUGAGCUUUCACUCAACUGCAUUGCUCUCCAGGACUGGACUCUUAUGCGCGACGCUUUCAUGCGAUGCGUCGAGCUUAACGACUGGAGUCACGCACUGUACUACUACAUGGCAGGUAUCGCAUCAGUCGAGCUCUACCGUGAUGCGGUUGCCGCCGGCGACGCAGAUGAGGCUCGUCGCCAGAAGGUCAAGGCAGAGGAGUACCUCCGCAAAGCGCCCGGUGUAGCGGGUAAGAAGCGCUUCAUGGCGCGCCAGUUGCCCUUUGAGGUGUUCGUGCAGCGCAAGAUCCAGAAGUGGGAGGAACGCGCCAAGAGCUUGAAUGUGGAUCUGGCCGAUGCCAUUGGAUCCAGCCCUGCCCUUGAGAUGAGUUACAUGUGGAACACGAAUAAGCGCAUGGGGCCCGCCGAGCUCGAGAAGGCGUUAGCUGGAAUGAGCUGGGAUAGGUGUACUGGCCCGCCCAAGGUGGUGGAGAAGAUCAAGGCUGAGAUUGACGAGAUGGGAUCGUGGGCGCUUAUUAGUGCGUCGCUACUCAGAAACCAGCUAAAGUUUGUCGAGGCGAGAGAGAUGUUGGAGACUCAUGUCCUCAAGCACGACCGAAUGGCAUUUAAGGGCACAACUAAGGACGACUACGUCCUGGCGGCAGCAGUCUACGAGAAAGGUGCCAUCGCCUGGUACGAGUGCAGCAACCCUAUUGGGGGAACACCAGAGGAGAUCGCGGCGUACAGACGGGAAAAGUAUGACGAGUGCGUCAAACAGAUGGAUGUCGCCAAGGUCUGGGAGGGCUUUGUUCUCGACACCAGAAUCGGAAUGAGGGUGCAGAGCGCUAUUGAGACGCUGAGCUGGUUCAGCAAGAAGAUGGGUUACUAA